CGGAGCUGCUGCAGCCGAAAGUACCACGGGCUACAUGCAGCGCCUCAUACACCAGGCAGCCUCUGCCUUCCCUCUCCCUCCCAGACUCCUGCUUCUUUCUAACCUAGGGAGAGGGUGGGGCGCUCGUGGGCGAGGGCGCGUGCGCGUGCGCGCGGAUCCAGCUAGUCUCCUCCUUCCGCCCCCCAGGUCCCAGUACCCCUAGGUGCACCUCGGCAGCCCGGGUUCCGCCCAGGGGUAGAGCGCAUGCUCCCGGCUGAGCCUCUUUCCCAGCCCCAAUCCCCGGUGCGCAAACAAAGCCGAGUGUUUUCCCAAAGGACUGGGGAGAGGAGAAAAAGCGUGUUCUUGGCUUCAUUCCUUCUCCCCCAACCCUUUCUCUCCCUUCUGCCACACGGUGGCGCGUGGCUCUUCAGUCUCCCUUGCCCGACGGUUCGAAUCCCGGGUCCGCGCCGUAAACCUGAAAACUCCAGGCUUUGCCUGGGAAAAAAACAGUCAUUUUCUGAGACUUGUCAGCUGCAGACGGCAGCCGAUUGUCUCAUAGGGGUUCCCUUGCUCUUUUCAGGAAGGAAGAUCCUAUCCCUCCUGAAAUCCCCGGAAUCAAGCCCUUGACUUUGCCAAAGGAAAAGCCGCGAAAGGUUCAGUCUCUGCCUCCAUCAUGGCAAGAAGACAGUCGCAGAACUUAUUAGGGGAUGAGAAAGAACCGGAGAUGAUCCAAAUCAACACCCAAAUACUCAAAGAAAUUAUGAAGUUCAGGAAGGACUCACUACAGGAACUUAAACAGAAUGUUGAUUCCCUCACUGUCAGCAACCAGGAGCUGGCAAAAAAAAUCCAGGACAUAGAAACCUUCACUGCAGAGAAAGUGCGGAAGCUUCUUCGGCAGCAGGAUGUGUUUGGGACUCUCAUCGGCACUCUGGAGUAUGCAAACCACAGACAAAUGGAAGACAUGAAGAGCAAGCUGGGGAAGUGGGAAGCAGAGACAAAGGUCAAAGUGAAUGACCUAGAGCAGCAGUUGACAAAAUUAAAAGGGAAGAUUAAUAAUGCCCAAGAAGAGCUGAAUUUCCUGAGUACCUACAUGGACCAUGAAUACCCGAUUAAGUCUUUAGAGAUUGCCGACCUCAUGCGCCAGGUCCAGGGUGUGAAAGAUAGCGGUCAGAAUGAACUGGACGAGUUGGAGGAGAUAGGCAAGAAUGUGCUUCAAACAUUGUCGAAAAAUCUGAUGGUGAAGUCAGAGAAGGUCUUAAAUGUCAUGGCCAAGAGAACCAUCCUUCCCUAUCAAACUGCUCUUAUGAAGAGGACCCUAAGCAACCAGCUACUCUUGAAGCAGAUAGUUCAGUUCAGAGUGCAUAUUGACCGUAUGAAGAAGGAACUUCCCAAGCUGAAGGCUCAGGUAAAAGAUCUCCAGAUGAAGAGAAAGGACCCACGGGAGGUGAUCUUUGCCAAUAUCCUGCUUCGGAAACCCAAGUGUACUCCAGACAUGGAUGUCAUCCUCAAUAUCCCUCCGGAAGAAAUUCUUCCCUUUUAGCUCUGCACAGGACAAGACUCCAGCUGGGCUGGCCAUGUCCAAGAUCUUGUCUUUCUUCCAGUCAUCUUUGUAGGAUAUCUUAGUACAUCUAGGGGAGUUUUCAGCAACUUCUUCAUCUUGUUAUUUUCAUUUUUCACUGGAUGCCAUACUCUCAUUUUAACUAAUAAAAUAAAAUUUUCAUUUUGUCAGCAA